AUGGUACUAGUCUCAAACUCGCGGACCGCGCCAUACACCCUCCAACCCCUGCUCGACCUCGGCUCGCUGCAGCGCAACCCCUUCCAUGGCGCCCUACGCCUCAGCCUCCCUCCCCUCUCCAUCAACUCUCCAUCAACAUCCAAGCUCGACCUUACGAACCUGCGCGCGGCGUUCACAGCGACGCUGAUGCGCUACAUCGACAGCACCAAUCUCGUGCUCGCCGAGACAGAUGCCGAUUACUCUCCCUCAAAACCUCUUCUCAACUUUCAUGGCCGAAACCGACGAGUCCCAAAAAAACUCGUGGUCAAAUGGCUUUUUAAGAAUGCAGCGACAAGGCCGUUGCGCACGAGAUGCAUGCGAGUCUUGAGAGAAAGCCGGAUACGGUUACGUCUGAUUGACAUCGAGUUGCCGGAUGAGCGCAAGAUGUUUAUAAAACAGGAUAGCGGGGCUAAGUUCGUCCUCGACACAGACGAAGUCGCGGGGACGAUCUUCCCGCGGCCAGCUCUUGUGACUGACGAUCACGAAAAUAUAUGUCUUGCGGGGCUCGACAACCUGGCGUAUCUGCUUUACACCUCUGUCCCCGCGCCGCGCUUCGAGCUGUUGACUGACCUCCGCGCACACGUCAUCGACAUCGGGAUCACGCAUGCCGGGAUGGCGCCGAGCACAAUCGAGGCGCUGCUGGAUACCGCCGGCGGGCUGCCGAUCAAGUACUUGGCCUCGGGCGGCGAGAAGAUCACGGGCACGUUGCUGCAGAAAUGGUCUGCGCGCGCGGACCUGCUCCUAGCGAACUUCUACGGGUACGGCCGGUUUGCCUGUGCGCUCUGCGUGACGUAUUUCGCUUGA